AUGGUGUGCAGCGACUUCCGAGCAUCAGCGCGGGCCCCGGCGGCGACCUGGGUUUUGGCGGCUCUGUGGAUAUCUUUUCGGCGAGCGAAAGGCACGUUGAGCGCCUUAGAUGCGCUGAACGCCGUUCGCUCACUAAAAGUGGGGUCCCGCUCGAAAAAGGGGGUGCCCUGCCUCAACCAAUCCUACCUGGCGGCCGCGAGCCUCGCACAUGGUCGGGCGUCUCGGCAGGUCACCAGCAGCAUCGUGACUCCGGCUUCCUCCCCAACGCUUUACGGGCCCUGCGCACCUCGCUCGACGUUGCCGAGCGAUCAUGGUCUCGGUGUGACCAUCUCGUCGGGGACGACGGCAGCAGCUUCGUCCUUUGCGGCCCGACAUGAAGAGGCGACCGAUCUCGUCGACCUCCUUCGUAGCCUACAUCCGCUUGUAGACCUGCGCGUGAAAGUUCAACUCUGGAGCGCCCAUUCCGCCGUGACG